UUUUGCUCAUGUCUUUUUCGUAAACAACAGAGGUAUUCGGUGUUUUACUUUCACUUUAUUUUUUAUCGGCAUUCUUUUUUGCCUUUCUUAUUUGUUUCGUUGGGGACGUCUUUCAUUUUGGUAUCCCAAAUUUGCACCGCCUAUCGUCUCCACAGAGGGGAGCGUUGCAAAUUUCUAAGUUCUUACAAGCAAUCGGUUCCAUCCAAUAAUCCAUAUCCACCAUGUCAUUUCAUUGGUGCGAUAAUCUGCAUACAGCAGUUUUUAGUCCUCGUGACUAUCAAGUUGAACUUUUAGCUGCUGCAUUUGAGCGCAACACCAUGAUAUGUUUGGGCCAUAAAUCGUCCAAGGAAUUCAUUGCGUUAAAACUGUUGCAAGAAUUGGGACAUAAGCAACGACUGCUAGAUAACAAAAUUGCUAUUUAUCUUAGUACGAGCAAGGCGCCGGCAAUGUUUACAAUGUUGCAACACUUAACAGAUUUGAGGGUAUGCCAGGAGCCAAGCACUACUUUUGAUGAUCUGCCUCGGGGGUUUAAUGUUUACAUUUUGCAACCGAAAACAUGUCUACAUUUGAUGCGCGAGGGUGUUCUCAAGAUGGAAAAAGUAUAUUUGCUGGUAUUGGAUGAUUGUCAUCAGGAUACAUUAUUUGCAGACAUGCGAGAAAUAUUUAGUAGUUUUUAUAAAAUCGAAGACCUACAAGAUAUGCCAAAAGUGUUGGGUCUAGCUGGUCCUUUGCAUAGUGCGGGUUGUGACUUAGCUGAACUGUCUGCAAUGCUUAAUGGCCUAGAAAAGACCGUCAAAUGUCGAACGGAAACAGCAAGCGACAUUGUCACAGUUUUAAGAUAUUGUGCCAAACCUUUUGAGUAUAUCGUCCAAUGUGCUCCAUACAAACAAGAUGAAUUAUGCUACAUACUUCAAGAUGUUUUACUUACGCGUAAAGCUUUUCUCAAUAAUCAUCGUUAUGAUCCAUUCGAAAUAUAUUGUACCGAUGAGUUUAUAGAAGAACUGAAAGACAUUCCAGAUCCCAAAAAGGAACCACUCGAAUUUCUUGAGACUAUGCUACAAGUAUUAAUAGAAAUGGGACCAUGGUCAGCAGAUCGUGUGGCGUUUAGCAUGUAUCAACGUAUUGAAAAACAAAAAAUAAAAACACCCCACGAACGCCAUUAUAUUCUAUUAUGUUUGGUGAAUACUGCAUUGUUGGAAGUUCACGCUAUAUGCGAACAAAAUUUCCGUAAAUUUAAAAACAAUCACAAGGAAUGUGUUGAGAAACAUUCAAGCCCCAAGGUUCUUAGGUUACUGGAGGUGUUGCGGCUUUUCAAGCCCGAUGACACAUCAAGUAAGAAUGAUACCAUUAAAAGAAUUAGCAGUGAAUUAGAUCAAAUGGAUUUUCAAAAGCUGUCACGUAUCUUGGAGACAAAAUGUCACAGUGUUGAACAAGCUGUGGAAAAGCAACAACUAGAGAGUAGAUCUAUUGUGGAGAACUUAGAUUCGAUUAUAAAGCCAGAAUUUCAGGCCAAAUUGAAUGCAGAAAAUGCUCAACAAAAUAUUGGCGAGAGUGAAAACAAAACACUCAACAACAAAUUGAAAAAGACUGAAGAUAUUAAAACAACAAGUUCCAAUAUCCAUGGUCAUCAUCAUUCAGGAACACAUCAUAAUCGCCCCAAACGGAGACCAUUUCGGCGACACAAUCGGGACCAUAAUGAUGGUGCUGAUACACUGUGUUCAAUUAUAUUUUGUAAUACGAACUAUACCGCACGUGUUCUUUUUGAGUUAUUGGCUGAAAUGAGCCGACACGAUCCAGAUUUAAAAUUUAUUAAGUGUCAAUUUACUACAGAUCGUGUUGCUGAUCCAAUAACUGAACCAAAAGAGGCCGAAUCGGAACAUCGGCGACAAGAAGAGGUAUUGAAACGAUUUCGAAUGCAUGAUUGUAAUGUUCUGAUAGGUACUUCGGUUUUGGAGGAAGGGAUAGAUGUUCCAAAAUGUAAUUUAGUGGUACGCUGGGAUCCACCUACAACAUACCGUAGUUAUGUGCAAUGUAAAGGUAGAGCAAGGGCUGUUCCAGCAUAUCACGUGGUAUUGGUUGCUUCAGAAACCGAUAUUUUGAAGACCACAAAUGAGCAGUUGAGUGACAAAAGUCAUCGAUUACUAUGUACAUUAUCUGAAGAUCAAGACAAAUGUCUAACAGACUCCGAAAAAUCCGAUAAAGAAGAGGACGGAGAAGAAAAUAAAAUCAAUGGUAUUUCGACCAAACAAAAAUUUGUAUAUGGCUCCAGUAAAGGAACAAUUAAGAUAUUAAAUCCAGAAGUAAUUACAAACAAGCAUCCCUCUAAACAGACUUCCAAGGGAAGUGACAUUGUUCUAAAGGAAAUAGAAGAUGUUCCACUAGCAAUUAAGGAUGCCAACGAGAUUGUUGGGACAAAUGUUGAGGAAAAUAAAAAAGUCGCGGAAUUAAAUUCUUCAAGAGAAAAAGAAAGUACUUCAAAUUGUGGAAAUGAUUCUAUAGGUGCAAUGUCAUCAAGUGAUGAUAAUGAUUUAGAAAAUUCUGUGAUAAAAUCCAAUGAUGAUUAUAAAGUAUACGAUCUAAAUAGUAUUGCGGAAAAGGAUCAAACUUCAAGAAAAACUGCUAAUAAUAAAAAAAUUAAUGCAACCGAAGAAAUAAUGGAAAGAUCGUGUGAAAAUUAUAAAGUCUUUGAUUUAAACAAAAUCAUGGAUGAAGUAUCGAAUAUUAAAGAAACAAAAGUAGUGGAAAAUGAAGAUCAUGGGAAUGAAACUUCACCGAAAAAAGAUUCAGAUUUGAAGAAUGACACUGUUCCGGAAAAAGAAGCAAAAUACUUCCAAUGUCUUUUGGAAGACAAAGUUGUUGAACCCGAAGAAAAAGUAUUGAGCAAUGAAGAGGAAUCGAUAAAAUUUUGCAACAUGAUAAAAACCACCGAUGACAUUGUGAAACAAAUGGCAGAGUAUAGAGAAAUUGAAAAGAUGCUUCUACAAAGAUGUGCCAAUAUUGAACCCGAAGAAAAUGAACAUCGUGAAGCUGACAUUUUUAAUAAAUGUAUUAAACCAUACAAACCAUUAGCUCAGUUGUUAACAGGAGCCUAUGUUGAUCUCAGUAAUUCCAUAGCAUUAGUCAAUAAGUAUUGUGCCAAAUUACCCAGCGAUACAUUUACCAAAUUAACUCCACUCUGGAGAUGUGCCCAUACCAUACGUAAUGGUACCACUAUGUAUCAAUACACCCUAAGACUACCAAUAAAUUCUCCUCUAAAAUAUGAUAUUAUUGGCUUACCUAUGCCCACCCACGUCUUGGCAAGACGAAUGACAGCCUUGCAAGCUUGCGUUGCGCUACAUUCUUCCGGUGAAUUGGAUAAUAAUUUGCAACCGAUUGGAAAGGAAGGUUUCAGGCCUCUGGAACCAGACUGGGAAAAUUUCGAACUUGAGGAACAAGAUGAGAAAAUUGUACAAGAAAAUACAGAACCAAGGCCGGGUACAACAAAAAGAAGGCAAUAUUAUUAUAAAAGGAUUGCCUCUGAAUUCUGUAAUUGCCGCCCCACGCCAGGUGUGGAAUGUUAUUUAUAUUUACUUGAUCUUACCCUCCAAUGUCCUAUACCAGAGGAGCAAAAUACUAGGGGUAGAAAAAUAUAUCCCCCGGAAGACGCUACCCAGGGCUUUGGCAUUCUGACACUCAAAAAAAUUCCCAAAGUCAGUUCAUUUCCAAUAUUCACACGAUCUGGCGAGGUAAAAGUUUCAUUAAUACUACAUCCGCAGCGCAUUGUGUUGUCUAAAGAGAAUAUCACCUCCAUAAAUACAUUCAUAAAUUAUACAUUCACAAAGGUAUUACGACUGAAAAAGUUUUUAAUGCUUUUUGAUCCGGAAUCAACAGAAAAUUGUAUAUUCAUUGUACCAACGGUGAAAACAAACGAUGGCGACAAAAACAAAAUUAUUGACUGGACAUUUUUGGAUUUAAUCGAGCGCAAUGCUAAUAUGAUGCCAACACCUGUACCGGAAGAAAUGAGACAUGCCACUGAAUUUUCUGCGGAGAAAUUUAGGGAUGCCGUUGUUAUGCCUUGGUAUAGAAAUCAAGAUCAACCUCAUUACUUUUAUGUAGCCGAAAUAUGCCAUCAAUUAUCACCGCUUAGUAUAUUUCCCAGUAUGAAAUAUCAUACAUUUAUGCAUUAUUAUUAUUUAAAGUAUGGCUUGAAAAUUCACCCGAAACAACCAUUGCUGGAUGUAGAUCACACAAGUGCUCGUUUGAAUUUUUUAACACCUCGUUAUGUGAAUCGCAAAGGCGUUGCACUGCCAACGAGUUCGGAAGCGACAAAGCGGGCAAAACGAGAAAAUUUAGAAUUAAAACAAAUUUUAGUGCCAGAACUUUGCACUGUACAUCCCUUCCCUGCUUCCUUAUGGCGAACGGCCGUAUGUUUGCCUUGUAUUUUAUAUCGUAUUAAUGGUUUAUUGUUAGCUGAUGACAUACGUAAAAAGGUUGUAAACGAUAUUGGCUUGGGAAAACCAGAAUUGCCAGAAGAGAAAGAAUGGCCCAUGCUGGAUUUUGGUUGGAGUCUCAGUGAUGUUCUGAAAAAAUCUAAAGCAACUAAAGCCCAACAGGCAACUGAAGGGGAUAAUGGUGCUAAAACGGGGACACACAAAGAGAACGAAUCAAGCAAAUCCCAACCCCCUUUGGAAGACGAUCCCAUAUUUACGGAGGACUCAAAUACUGAUAAAACUAUUAAUGAAAUUGUUCAAGAUGCAGAACGCAAGCUAAGGGAGGAAGGUGGAGGUUUUGUGGAAAUUGGUACAUGGUCAAAUGACAUGGCUGCUGAUAUAGAUUAUAAAUUGCGUUCAGAUUCGGAUAGCGAUUAUGAUGAGCUGUUUGACGGGAUUCUUCCACCAACAAUAAAACUUUGCGGAAAAGCUGCAAGGGCAACUUCACCCACAUUCAAAGAUAUUUCCUUAGAUGAGGAUGCUGAAAAAGAAAAGAAAAAGGAAACAUCGCAAUUUAAAUAUUAUGAUUCGGAUGAAUCACCAUACGAGUCUAGUUUUGCCAGCGAUGCCGAAAUGGAUGAUAUGUACGACGAUAUUGAUGACAUCGUUUUAACAUCCAAAAAUGAAGCAGAGACAAUUGAAACUGAACAGGACAUUGAAAAAUUGAAUAAGCAGCUCUCCAUAAUACAGGAAACCAAGGCUAAUGAACGUGACUACCAGGAGACCAAAAAUCUAUUAGUUGGUUAUAAUUUUAUUGACCUUAAAGAACAGCAAUCAGAGGAACUUCAGCGAUCUAUAGAAGAUUUUAAGACAUCGACUCAACGUUUUGUUGAAGAAAUACAAAAUUCGGGUAUGCUAGUUGGGUAUGAUCAAUCGAUAAAAUUGUUAAACAAGAAGAUCAACGAACCUGGCUCCGAUAAAAAUGCUUUCGAUUUGUGUUUGGACACAUUUAAAAAACUUCUUCCCUAUGUUCGAGAGGUCGAUUUGCAAAAUAUUUUAAGUCAAGGUACAUUAAAGUAUGUUCUAUGCAUGGAAACCUUACAUGAUCUCAAUUUGCAAUGGAUAAAAGAACAUCCGGAAGAAACUUUCACAAUAGAAGGAUGUGGUGAUUUAUUUGAUAAUUUUAAUGAUGCUUCUAACCUUUGUAUUGGAGAAGAUAAGCAAUCAAAAAAAAUCAAAUUAAAUUUUGAAAUUCAAGGCAAAGAAUAUCCCUCAAUAGAAAAAAGCAAGAACAACCAAGAGGACUGUGAUAUUUUAAAAUCAAACGAGCAAUCUGUGUCCACAUUUAGUUUCGAUUAUCAACCUGAUUUGGCUACUCACCCUGGGCCAAGUCCAAGUAUUAUUUUACAAGCUCUAACCAUGUCCAAUGCAAAUGAUGGCAUUAAUCUGGAAAGGCUGGAAACUAUUGGUGAUUCAUUUUUGAAAUAUGCCAUAACUACAUAUUUGUACAUAACCUAUGAAAAUGUCCAUGAGGGCAAACUCAGUCACUUGCGAUCAAAACAAGUAGCUAAUUUGAAUUUAUAUCGUUUGGGUAGACGGAAACAACUGGGUGAAUAUAUGAUUGCUACCAAAUUUGAACCUAGCGAUAAUUGGCUGCCUCCCUGUUACUACGUGCCGAAGGAAUUGGAAAAGGCAUUGAUUGAAGCCAAAAUUCCUCCACAUUAUUGGAGUCUGGUGGAUUUGGUUAACAUUAAAAAACUGACGAAUGCGGAAAUAUGCGAACUUGUUCGGAAAAAAGCCGAUGAAUGGGGAUGCAACUUUACGGAUCCGGAUGAAAUGAGCGACGUGGCUGACAGUGGUGGAAAAAUUGACCGAGAAUGGGAUGAUCGAAAUAAUAUACCAUAUGAAUUUUCCUGUUUUAUACCCUAUAACUUAGUAUCUCAACAUAGCAUUCCAGAUAAAUCAGUUGCCGAUUGUGUUGAAGCCCUAAUAGGGGCCUAUCUCAUCGAGUGUGGUUUGAGAGGCGCUUUACUCUUUAUGGCAUGGCUGGGGAUAAGGGUAAUUCCAUAUGAACGCAUACCCUAUGAUCCCAACAAGCCCCGAAUACCGGGAAGUACAUUGCCUGAUUGUGAUAAUAUGAUCACUGUGUAUGGUUCAUGGUCGCCGCCAAAGUCACCUUUAUUACAUUACACACCAAACGCUGAAGAGGCGCUGGACGCACUCCUACAGGGAUAUGAAGAAUUUGAAGAAAGUCUGGGCUAUAAAUUUCGUGAUCGUUCAUAUUUGUUACAGGCCAUGACACAUGCUUCAUACACACCAAAUCGUUUAACGGAUUGUUACCAACGUUUGGAAUUUCUCGGAGAUGCUGUAUUGGAUUAUUUAAUAACCAGACAUUUGUAUGAAGAUCCCAGGCAGCAUUCACCGGGAGCACUAACAGAUUUAAGAUCGGCUUUAGUAAAUAAUACAAUAUUUGCUUCGUUGGCAGUUAGACAUGGCUUCCACAAGUACUUUCGCCAUUUAUCGCCUGGUUUAAAUGAGGUUAUAGAUCGAUUUGUACGAAUACAAACAGAAAAUGGCCACAGUAUAAGUGAAGAGUAUUAUCUACUGUCUAAAGAAGAAUGUGAUGACGCUGAAGAUGUCGAAGUGCCAAAAGCUUUGGGUGAUGUAUUUGAAUCAGUAGCAGGUGCUAUUUUCUUAGACUCAAAUAUGUCCUUGGACGCAGUGUGGCGUGUCUACUACAACAUGAUGCGACCUGAGAUUGAGCAAUUCAGUAACUUCGUGCCAAAGUCACCUAUCCGAGAAUUACUUGAGUUGGAGCCGGAAACAGCCAAGUUUGGCAAACCUGAAAAAUUAGCAGAUGGUCGACGUGUACGUGUUACUGUGGAAGUCUUUUGCAAAGGAACAUAUCGCGGUAUUGGUAGAAAUUAUCGCAUUGCAAAAUGCACGGCUGCAAAGUGUGCUCUACGUCAAUUAAAGAAAAAAGGUUUAAUAGAGAAACGUUAACAUUUUUUCCAUU